AUGGCCUUCCCGCAGUUCCCGCCGCUGACGCUCGUUCUCGCCGCCACCGCCGCCUUGCACGGUGCGCUCCUCGUCACCGCGCAGACCACUCACACGGUGAAAGUCGGCCUCCAGGGAAGCUUCUUCGAUCCCGCAACCAUAUCCGCUGGGUUAAAUGACACAAUCACAUUCAUUUUCGCGGGAUUCUUUCAUACUGUUACACAAUCGAGCUUUGCCAACCCUUGCUCGCCCCUUCCGGGCGGCUUCAGCAGUGGUCCUGCUGGGACGCAGAAUAAUGACACGCAGCAUCCUAUGACAUGGGAUCUGCACAUCACAAAUGUCAGCGAACCGCUCACAGGCAUAGGCGCCUUUGCCACCCAAACACCCGCAAUCCCAUCCACGCCCGUCUCCAUCCCUCCAUCCACCCCAACCCCCUCCGACUCCUCCACCACCUCCUCAACAACAAGCUCCUCCACCACCUCUCCCUCCGACACAUCCACCGCCGCCGCCGCCCACUCCUCCUCCUCCUCGCACCUCGGCGCAAUCGUCGGAGGCGCCGUAGGCGGCGCCGCCGUCCUCAUCCUCGGCCUCAUCCUCAUCCUCUGGCUCCUGCGCGUCCAAAAAUCGCGACGCACGCGUACACCCGGCGCACCGGACUCGCCCACCUCCGACGACGCCAACUUCUUCCGGUACAACCCCGCGCCAGUACGCCGCAGGCCCAGCGAGGCGUUCGCCGAGGCGAAGCAGCUCGAAGCCGCGCGCAGCCUCAGCGCCACGCGCCAGGCAACACCCACGCCCGCCCCCGCGUCCGCCCCGUCGAUGUCGAUGUCGAUGUCGAUGUCGCCUAAUAGACGCGGCGAGGUCGUGCAGCAGCCGCAGUUCCCCCCGGGUGUGCCGAGGACGUUGAUGGUCGAACCGCACAUGCUGGACAGGCAGACGUCGUUCGGGUCCACUGCGAUGUCCUUCACCGGUAACUCCAGCGCCGGAGCAGCGUCCGUGGACCAGCACCCGCACCCGCACCAGCAGAUGCAGCAAACUGCGAACCUGAACAUCCAUGCGCUUGCGAGCGAGGUCGCUGGGAUCCUGCGGCAGCCCGCGAACACAGCACCAGUAGCUGCGCACCCGAACCAGGAGGGCACCCCGCGGAGCAUCCGCAAGCUCGCGUCUGACAGUAGCAGAUUCGGCGCGGAGAGUAUCCAUCGCACCGAGAGCCCGCUCAGCCCGCCUGCGUAUCGCACCACCGUCGUAUCCCAACAAACGCUCCCUGACACACGUCCACAUACCUGA